UUGGCACUGAAGGGCAUAGACUACGAGUACAAAGCGGUCAGUUUGAUCGCAUCGGAACAGUUCACACCCGAGUUCCGGUCUCUAAACCCGUGCCUACAGGUGCCCGCACUGGUCAUCAAUGAUAGCACUGUACUCGUCGAGUCCCUCGCUAUCAUUGAGUACAUCGACGAAGUGUACAAACAUAAGGGUCCGCCACUACUGCCCAAAGAUCCCAUUCUGAGGGCUAAGGCCCGCGCCAUCGCCGAGACCAUAGUCUCCGGUAUACAACCCCUACAG